AUGGCGGCUGUUCCACGCUCGGCUUGGGCCAUGGCGACGCCCAUGCUACUAUUCUCGUGCUUCUGCCUGCUUGUAGGCGAUAUGCUUUUUGGUUUCGAUACAGCCAGUUUUGGCGGCAUCUUGUCCAACCCUGGAUUCAUAAGGCAAUUCGGGGCAUACAACCCUGUCACCAAGGGCUACGCCUUCGACUCUCUCCACAUCUCGCUGCUAUCUUCUCUUGCAUUCAUCGGCAAGUUUAUUGGAUGUUUUUUGGCCGGUCCGUGCAUUGAAAGAUUUGGGCAUCGAAUAGUCUUCAUAAUGCUAUCUGUUGUGUCCGCUAUCGGCAUCAUUGUCGAGAUCACGGCGGCCGGGACUGGCCCUGGCACUGGACGUUACGCGCAGUUCAUUGUCGGUCGUAUCAUAGUGUAUAUCUCUAUUGGUCUUGUCGAAGUUAACGUUACGCAAGCCGAAAUUGUUCCAGCGGAUUUUCGUGGUCUCGUUGUCGUAUCUCUGCAGCUCUUCCUCAAUGCGGGAACACUUCUCGCUACCGGUGUCAACAAGAGAUUUUCAACUUAUACAGGCGCUACCGGAUGGAAAACCGUUACGGGCAUCCAAUUCAUAUUCGCUUCCUUGAUUGCCUUAUUCACUAUUUUUAUUCCCAACUCGCCACGCUGGCUUCUCUCUAGGGAUCGUGAAGAGGAGGCUGUUGCCGCUCUCCGCCGCAUUCGGCCCAAGGAAGAUGCUAGCAAUGGCAACUGUGAGGCCGAAAUAAUAGCGAUUAAAGAGGCCAUCCAAGAGGACGUACGCAAGGCUCCGUGGCUCGACCUAGUACGCGGCACCAACGCCCGCCGGACCAUGAUUGUUAUGGUCUACUAUUUCUUUCAGCAGGCAACCGGCCAAGCUUUCGUUUCAACCUACCAGACGGUUUUUUAUCGUGACAACGGAUAUGCCGCUCAUGCCUUCACCUACCCCAUCAUCAACAGUUGUCUUUCCUUGGUUUCUGUGAUUCCAGGGAUGUAUGCAGUCGAUAAGUUUGGUCGGCGGGCCACCCUUUUGCUUAGUUUCUUCCUUCAGGGCUUUUUCAUGUUCUUGUUAGCUGGUCUGGGACAGAUAGAUGGCAAAUCACGCUCAGAGAGCGACAUGGUUGUCGCCUCAUUUAUGCUCUAUGCCUUCUUCUACAACAUGGGAGGUGCUUCUAUUCCCUACCUCCUUGGUAGCGAGAUUCCCAAUGCUGCUCUUCGCGAAAAAACUCAGUCGAUUGGGGCCGCAUGGAACGUGAUCUGGGCUUUCGUGACCAACUUCAUCAUACCCUAUAUGAUCAACAGCAUCCACUUCAAAGUUGGGUGGGUGUUUGGAAGUAUCUGCAUGCUGGCGCUAGCGUUUACAUUCUUCGUUCUCCCGGAGACCAAGGGAAGGCGUCUUGAGGAUAUUGACGCUAUAUUUGAAACCCCCUUUAACCCCUUUGCCCCCCAUCCAGCACGCUUCACUGACCAUGAGCUUGGCUUUGGCGGGCUCGAGGGCCAGGAAAAAGGCGCCGAUGUUGAUGCGUCCCACGUUCAUGUAAACCCAUAA